AUGUCACUGGGUGCAUCACGGCUUGUUCAAGCGGCAUGUGGUAGUCGUGUUGCUAUUCGGAAUAUGUAUAGGAAUCCCUAUAUCGCUCGAUUCAAAGAAAGAAGUAAAGUCUCUCCAGAUUUCUACAAGAAGACCACAGGGAUCACUGGCCUUUUUGUGAAUGAAAAUCCUCACCGUACUCUUAAUGUCGUGUAUUGCCGAAUCCUAAAGGCUCUGGAACAGAUCCCACCUACGUCAGCCUAUAGGAAAUACACUGAAGCGAUUGUAAAGCAACGCCUGGCACUGGUUCAAGCUGAAGAUAGCAUCCCCGUAUUAGAGGAGAAGAUUGGAAUGGGGCAAAUAGAGGAGGUUAUUGAACAGGCAGAACUCGAGCUUGAAGCUGCAAGGGCCAUCAUAUCAUCGAGAGCAUGGGAGCCGCUUGUUGAACCCGCACCAAAGGGACAGUGGGAUUGGCCCAUCGCUUAG